GAACAUAUUUAGUGACUGUGUCUGUGUAUAUAUCUCGUGAACGCUCAUUUAAUUGGCAUAUGUUGACAUUGUUUUAAUGCUGAAAGAAAGUGACUAAAAGUUUUCUAUGUAGAAUGAAAGCGUCGUGUCAUGUAGGCAAUCAACAUUUGUGAUGUUCUGCCGAUUACAGACUCUUUUUCAUUCCGUCUGUAUCUCACUGUCGGUUGAAAAGCAAAAAGCACAACGAUAAAGUUAAAUAAAAAAAAAAAAAUUCUCGUCGCAUUCAUUUCAAUUUCAACUUACAUCGAGUCUGUCUGUCUACCGGCGUUAUUUGACAUUUGUUGGUGAUCAUCACUUUGUAGACUAGCUUGAUAGAUUGUAAUAUAACAACAAUUUUAAACACACAAUAAAAUAGACACGACAAACGCAUUGAAGAUGAACUUUUCACUGUAUGACUUCAUCGUAUUGGACUAUAGGAUUUUAUUCCUCAUACUGAGUGUGAAAAUAGCAUCAAACAGCGCUGAUGCACCGAUUUCAUACUGGGAUGAGAGCUAUGCACAACCAUAUUUUGAUAAUAGCACGAGACGCGACAUCACUGUAACUAUUGGACAGACGGCAACGCUUCAUUGUCGUGUGAGGAAUCUUGGUGAUAGAGCGGUUUCAUGGAUUCGAAAGCGCGACCUCCACAUCAUGACCAUCGGCAUCCUCACGUACACAAAUGAUCAACGAUAUCAAGCCCUUCACACGGAAGGCUCAGAUGAGUGGUCUCUUCGUAUAUCAUCAGCACAAACUCGCGACAGUGGUGUAUUCGAGUGUCAGGUAUCAACAGAGCCAAAAAUAAGUCAAGCAUACCGUCUUAAUGUUGUUGUUUCCAAGGCAAAGAUUCUAGGCAAUCACGAGCUAUUCGUAAAAAGCGGCAGUGACAUAAAUCUCACAUGUGUUGCCUCGCAAGUCGCAACGCCACCAUCAUUUAUCUAUUGGUAUAAAGGCGGUCGAGUGGUAAAUUACUCACAACGUGGUGGCAUUAAUGUGCAGACUGAUAGAAAUACGAAAACGAGUAAAUUAAUUAUAUCUCGAGCGACAGUGGGCGAUAGUGGAAACUAUACGUGUGCACCGAGCAACUCAGAUGCAUCAAGUAUACUCGUACAUGUCAUUAGUGGUGGUGAGCAUCAAGCUGCAAUGAAGCAUGGCAACAAUAGUGCAAGUAGCCUCUUUUCUCAUACUAAAUGGAAAUUUUAUAGCAUCAGAGACUUCUCAUUGUCACGAUUUCAAUCGCUAUUUACGCUAAAGUCAUCAACACUAGUACUCUUAUGUUCCUUGGUAGCGUCAAGUACAUUCAAUUCGUACGUCUAUGUCAGAUGAUUGCAUGCAUAAAUAUGAAUGUAAAUUGAUAUGAGCAUUGUUCUUUUUUUUCGAGAGGGAUAAAGCUUGAGCAUUUGGAGUGUUGUUCUGUGAGGUUU